AUACUCCAGGAGGCGGGGCUUAAUAGUAGUGGCUUACUACGGUGAGGCUCGGUGGCUUUGUGGCUCGGUGUAAAGAUUAGUGACAAGCGCAUUUAAACAUCUGGAUCAUAUCCAAAUCUGAAUGAUGAACGGCAUUAUUAGAUCGACAGCUCGGUGUCUUCGAUCGGAAGCAUGGCGUUGCAGAGCAGUUCAGAAGGAAGAGCUGCUGUCUGGUUGGGCCCGACUCAUGUGCUCCUCAGCGGGUCAGAAGAACCUAGAAGAGAUGGUAAAGAAGGACAAAGUUGUGGUGUUUAUUAAAGGCACUCCGGCACAGCCCAUGUGCGGAUUUAGCAACGCCGUAGUUCAGAUCCUCAGAAUGCACGGGGUCGACAGUUACGCUGCUUAUAAUGUUUUGGAUGACCAGGAUAUCAGACAAGGUAUAAAAACUUUCUCCAACUGGCCAACGAUUCCACAGGUCUUCUUCAAUGGAGAGUUUGUUGGGGGCUGUGACAUUCUUCUUCAGAUGCAUCAGAGCGGAGACCUUGUAGAGGAACUUCAGAAGCUAGGCAUCAGAUCAGCACUUCUGGAUAAAGAAAAAGAGUCCAAAUAAGUCUUAAUGUAGCAAAGAUAUAGGGUGUUGAUCAUUGGUGUGAUUCUCCAUUGAUCUAAGCCUCAGAGUAGACUGGGUAACUUUACCUGUUAAUUGUAAAUCCACCCUGAGAGAACUGAAGAUGAUGUCAAAUCACCCAAACCCUGAGAAAUCACAGUAAAAUGUUUGACAUAAUUGAUCAUCUUUGUUAUUUCAGAUAUAAUAUUAGACCACGGCUUAUUUAAGAUGUUAUAUUUUCAAAUGUAUUAUGAAUGUAUUUUAGAUGUAUAUGAUCUUUUGCCAAUAAAAUAGUUUAAAAGCA